ACUAGCUUGCAAUGACGCUGACCCAAACAAAGCGCGGAACCUCCAACACAGAACUGGUACCGCUUUGAUCAUUCGGACUUCUUCCUCUUGUCGAGUUGCCGAGGUCCAAAGUUUAGGCUGUGCUACCAUACCUGACAAUGAAGGAGUCUGAUUCUGCUGUUUCAUCUCCACCACAGACCCCUACAGGUCAACGACGGACUUAUUUCACCGUCUGUUUCCUUCUCGUGCUCGCCGUUGCCUUCUUCCCGCCCAAGAUAAUCCAGAGCGUCGAGCAGAAGGAGGUCAAGAAGGGGAAGGAAACCAAUACCACUGGAACCCCUGGGGUUGGGAAUAGCUCCGUUGCUGUUGUUCAGGAUGAUCCAGUUAUAAGCGUUACUGCUGAUGCUGCUACUACCAAUACUCCUGACGCUACCUCUGUCGCCCCUCAGGAAACGGCUGUCCCUAUUGCUACAGCAGAAGAUCAGCCGAAAGCCGAUGCUACCAAGGAUGCAGAUCCUGGGGCUACCCCAGCUACAACUCCCAAUUCGCAUGAUGCCACUUCUACCACACCAGAAGAAGCAACCAUUCCUGAAAAGACAGCAGAAGAAGCGCCAGCAACCGAAGCUCCCAAGGAGACCACUCCCCCAGAUACCCCAGCUCCCGUCAUUCCAGGGUCCAUUUCCAUGGUCACAAGUUUUUGGGCUCAGCCUCCCGAUCAAGAGGUCAGUCCACAUCGUCAAGAGAUUGAAGCAUCCCUUCUGAACAACAUGAACAAUCCACAUUUUCAUCAAGUAGUCAUCAUCCUCGAUGGCUCCAACGUCAAUGCCAGUUGUACCCAUUUCAAAGCCAGAAUGGAACUGGUGGAAGCAGACUACAACAAAUUUGUGGGAACCGACACUAGCAGCCCCGACUACCAGAACCGAAAAAAGCCAAUCCUCACGUGUGUCGACCGUACACUCGGACAGCCCAACUAUUUCGAAAUGUUCUCCUAUGCCGCCGAUCCCACCAUUGUCACGGGAGAUGUUGUCAUUUUGGAAAACGCGGAUCAUGCCUUUGAUCACACGGUGCAGUAUGCCAGCAAAAUCAAGGAUAAUGUAAUCAUGACAUUGUCAUCCUGGGGAUUCGACGCUGGCAAGGAAAAAAUCCCAUCGCCCACCAAGCAACACAUGCAGUUUAUUCAUGGAUGGGGCCUGGAUGGCAUGGCGGGUGAUUUAAGGCGACGAUGCCAGGGGGGCUCCAAUUCGUGGGAUGGCUAUGUCUUUCACCGUAAAAUCAUGCAAGGUCGACUGGACCCAUCCUUCUUUCAACGCAACAAUGCGUUCUUCCUGAUGAAUCAAAAAAAAGCCGAAUGGGCUGCCCUCGCGGCCCUCAAGAGCAACUUUCCCGAAGCAAGCUUUUCCAAUGGUUGUACCGUGAUCCAAACAUGGCACAUGCACGGCUUUCCCAAGAUGCAUGGGAACAAUCGCAAGGUUCCGGAACCAUAUGAUAUGGGAUCUGGUCCCGAUUAUGGUGCGUAUCUGGAGCCAGUUCCUUUCAAAAAGAAGAUUUGGAAGUAAGCAAGGAAGUGAUCCAGGCAAUAAUAUCUCCAGAUUCUAGCCAGUCACCGUUUUCCAAUUGCUGCCUUCAUGAUGUCUUGAAGUAGAUCUACUGGUAUGUGUGUUUUCCACGAUCGCACUAGCGGGUCGUUUCUGUUCUGGAGACUGAUUGGAGCCUUGAGUGCAGCCCUACCGCCGGUAUCCAGGCGUGUUUGCCGGGGUGGACGUAUUCGCAGCUUUUGUCAAGAGUGAGUCACUCUUCCUGCUGUGGCGAAAAGAUGAUACCAUACCAAUUGAAAUCAUGAUUUCGUUAACGUUUGCUUGAGGUCUUCUGGCAUUGGAAAAUCCGGUCGUGAUGGGAGUUGGUAUCUUCCAGGAGGAAUAUUGUUCAUAAGACUACUUUCACAUUCGAGAGCGAGAAAUCUCACAUCCACAUGAUAAUCUUCGUUCUGUCGUCGAAGCGUUGUCGUUGUCGUCAAAAUCACCAUUUUUGUGGUUGUCGAAGAUGCGGCCAUGCUUUUUAGUGUUAAAAUUCGAUUAGAUCUUGUCAGU